GUGACGCGGGUGGAAGAGACCGACUGACCGACACCGGCGGACCGGAGCGAGACAGUCAGGUAUUUAUAACGGACAAAUGUGUUACGUAACGUUACAGGUUUAUAUGGGCUUUUAAAGAGGAUCUGGAGUACUCGGUUAGUGUUCUUCGACGUGUACCAUACUAUUUAUAUGUUAGUGCGGCCUUGGAGAGCGAAGAGGGGCGACAAGUCACCGAUCACCGACGCUUUCUCUCCGCUGUUGUAGCCAGGACUGAAGAUGGCAGAUGAUCCGAGCGCGGCGGACAGAAAUGUGGAGAUCUGGAAGAUCAAGAAACUCAUCAAGAGUCUGGAAGCGGCGAGAGGUAAUGGGACCAGCAUGAUCUCGCUCAUCAUUCCUCCUAAAGAUCAGAUCUCCAGAGUGGCCAAGAUGUUAGCGGAUGAGUUUGGUACAGCGUCAAACAUCAAGAGUCGAGUGAACCGGCUGUCAGUGCUGGGAGCCAUUACUUCAGUCCAGCAGAGACUCAAACUCUACAACAAAGUGCCCCAUAACGGUCUGGUGGUUUACUGCGGCACCAUUGUGACAGAAGAAGGCAAAGAGAAGAAAGUCAACAUUGACUUUGAGCCAUUCAAACCCAUCAACACCUCUCUGUACCUCUGUGAUAACAAGUUCCACACCGAGGCUCUGACGGCGUUAUUGUCAGACGACAGUAAGUUUGGAUUCAUAGUCAUCGAUGGUAGUGGAGCUCUGUUCGGGACUCUACAGGGAAACACCAGAGAAGUGCUGCACAAAUUCACUGUGGACCUGCCCAAAAAACACGGAAGAGGAGGUCAGUCUGCGUUGCGUUUCGCUCGGUUAAGGAUGGAGAAGAGACAUAAUUACGUGAGGAAGGUGGCAGAGACGGCCGUGCAGCUCUUCGUGUCCAACGAUAAAGUCAACGUGGUCGGACUGGUGCUGGCCGGAUCCGCAGAUUUCAAAACAGAGCUCAGCCAAUCAGACAUGUUCGACCCGAGGUUACAGGCGAAAGUGUUGAAGCUGGUCGACAUCUCUUACGGAGGAGAAAACGGCUUCAAUCAGGCCAUCGAACUGUCCGCUGAGGUCCUGUCCAACGUCAAAUUCAUACAGGAGAAAAAAUUAAUAGGGCGAUACUUCGAUGAGAUCAGUCAGGACACAGGGAAGUAUUGUUUCGGUGUGGAGGACACACUGAAGGCGCUGGAAAUGGGAGCCGCUGAAAUUCUCAUUGUUUAUGAAAACUUUGAGACGAUGAGAUAUGUCCUGAGAUUGCACGGCGCGGAGGUCAACGGCUCGGAGAACGAUGAGAAAGUCAUUUAUUUGUCCCCUGAACAAGAGAAGGACAAAUCGCACUUCAUAGAUAAAGAGACGGGUCAGGAACACGAGCUCAUCGAGUGCAUGCCGCUGCUGGAGUGGUUCGCCAACAGCUAUAAGAAGUUUGGAGCGACUCUGGAGAUCGUGACGGAUAAAAGUCAGGAGGGAUCGCAGUUCGUCAAGGGUUUCGGAGGAAUCGGAGGUAUUUUGCGGUACCGAGUGGAUUUCCAGGGGUUGGAAUACCAGGGAGAAGAUGAGGAGUUUUUUGAUUUGGAAGACUACUAGGUAGUCGAGUCUGAGCUAGAGAGAAAUCGAUGAAGAUUUGAGGAAUCAUGGGGGAAAAAAUAGUUCUUUCUUACCAAAUACUCAAAACACACAGUUUGAGAAGAGUGUCAUUUGUCAGUCAAUUGAAGGACAGAACCGUUAAUGAAUAAUUAAACAGCCUGGCUUUUAGAGUGUUCUGAUUGGACAGGAUUCAUUUGUUUAUUCUCUUCCCCGUUUGAAUUAAAGUCGCAGGAACCUUCUGACUGUUUGGACUCAAUUUGAAAUGUUUAUUUUUAUUUUUAUCCUCUGUUCCCUGUUCUUCUUAUCCCAACUUUUUAUACCAUAAAUCCACAACUAGUUUUCUUCCUUUAUUUUUAUUUUUUAUUAUUAUUGGCAAUUGCUGCUGCUGUAUUUUGACAGUGUGGUAUUUUUACAUGGGUUUCUGUAAUGAAUAGGGGGAAAACAAAAUAAAUUCUAAAGUAAGCUA